AUGGCUGAUCCUUUCCGAUAUGAUACUGGAGAAAGAUCUAAAUAUGAGUGCCUUGGACAUGAAGUACAAAUUGAGCACAUCAAGGCAUAUGUUUGUAGACCAUCCUUUUUCACAGACAAAGCUGUGAUUGUGAUUCACGAUGUAUUUGGAUGGCUGUUCCCAGACAUUAGAUACAUAGUCGAUUUGAUUGCAGGUCAUGGAUACAUAACCAUCUGCCCAGACUUCUUCAAGGGGACAGACCCCUGGAAAACUACUGAUCACUGGGCUGACUUUGCUGACUGGAUGAGACAUCAUGAUCCUAUGAAAGUAGACAAGGAAGCUGAUGUUGUCUUGAAGUAUCUAAAGGAACAAUGCGGUGCAAAGAAGAUUGGUAUCGUUGGGUUUUCCUGGGGUGGAAUGGCAGUACACCACUUGAUGCUGAAAAAUCCUCAAUUAGCCGCUGGGGUGUCCCUCUAUGGAAUAAUUAGGGACUCUGAAGAAAGAUACGAUUUACUAAACCCCACAUUCUUCAUUUUUGGUGAGAAAGACCACACUAUUUCUUGUGAUCAGAUUACCUUACUGGAAGAGAAGUUGAAAGAGUACUGUAAAGUUGCAUACAAAAUUAAAGUUUAUCCUGGACAAGUUCAUGGGUUUGCACAGUUGAAGCCAGAAGAUAUGAAACCUGAUGAUAAACCUUAUAUUGAAGAAGCUAGAAGGGAUAUGAUUGAUUGGAUCAAAAUGUUUAUUUGA